GAUGGAACGACGUCAGUUUUCACGGGUCCCGGCAGAUACCGACUCCGAAUAUAGACGCCCUGGCCGCUAGUGGCGUCGUUCUACAGCGCCACUACGCGACGCCUGUGUGUACGCCAUCCCGGGCAGCUUUCGUCACAGCGCGCUACCCUACACGCGUUGGUGUCGGGUACAUGCCGUUACACCCUGGUGCAGCGGCCGCUCUUCCUCUAGAUUUUGAGGUACUCCCUCAGUGGCUCAAGAGGCAAGGAUACAGCACGCACAUGGUGGGAAAGUGGCACUUGGGAUACAAAAGCCUCGAGUACACACCUACGUGGAGAGGCUUCGAUUCCUUCUUCGGCUACUACAACGGCGAAGAAUUCUAUUUCAAUCACACAACCGUCCAUGAUGGACAUUGCGGCCUGGAUCUCUGGCGCAACGUAGGGACACACAGCGCAAGCUGUCACCGACCUUAACGGCACAUACUCUACGCACGCAUUCACACAGGAGGCUAAGCGCAUCAUUGCCGAUC